CAACCCUUCCGACAGAGAGAGAGAUCCCCCGACUAGACUCGAAGCUGUGCCUCAGGUGUCUGUCUGUGUGGACAUUGCGGAACCACGUGUCUGUUAGUGACCGUUAGUGUGUCAGUAGAGUUCUAGAGUUUGCCAGUGUGCAAGUGCGCCAGUGUACCAGUGUGCAAGACGCAGCCAAGUCAAGAAUCGUAGUCCAGAGCGGUGUCCGGAUCCCCGGAGGACAACACGAUCAACAGCGCCCCGGGCGAUUCUCCUGCUGUGUUCCUGCCCAAAGUUUCCAAAGCUAGAUCCAUGAUGACCAUGGACGUCCCGAAGGCCGAGCCUCCGUCGGCGACGGCCGGUAUGGGCCCGGGUGGUCCCGGUUCCACCGCCGCGGUUAUGUCGCUGAGCGGACUGAACGGGCAGCCAUCCCAGCAGCAGCAGCAGUUGCAGCCGCAGCAGUUGCAGCAGCAACAGCAGCAGCAACAACAGCAGCUGAUCGGUGCCGCCGCCUCCAACAACAACAACCAACACCAGGUGGUUGGCGCUGGGCAGGGAGCCCCGGGUGGUGGUGGGGGCGGUGGUCAGCAGCAACAGCAGCAGCAACACGCGCAGCAGCAGCAACAGCAGCAGCAGCAGCUCUGCGCCGGCUGCGGCAAGCACAUCCAGGACCGGUUCCUGCUGCGGGCGCUGGACCUGCUGUGGCACGAGGACUGCCUGAAGUGUGGUUGCUGCGACUGUCGCCUGGGCGAGGUCGGCUCGACGCUCUACACCAAGGGCAACCUGAUGCUGUGCAAGCGCGACUACCUGAGAUUGUUUGGCAACACUGGGUUCUGUGCCGCCUGCAACAAGGUGAUCCCGGCGUUCGAGAUGGUGAUGCGCGCCCGCAACAACGUCUACCAUCUCGAGUGCUUCGCCUGCCAGCAGUGCAACCACCGGUAG